AAACGGGGGGCGAAACCGUCAGCCGUCGCGGCCCGUCGUCACCAUCCCGCGCGGGCGCGGCAAACGCGGCUCGACUGGCCGAGAGCCCCGCGCGCGCGCGGUCGGCCGAAACCGCGCGUCUACUCCCGCGUCCGCGCAGGCGCGCACUACGCCUGGGAAACAAGAGGUCCGCCAGUCCGGGAGGGGGAAAGCUAAAACUAGCCGCGCCAGUAUAAACUUGUCGCUGGGGCUGGAUACCGGUAAAGCCCGAACAGGCGGCGUCAGGCUCCUCCCGAGUUGGUGACGCGAGGGAUGGAGGGGGUGCCGGGGGCGCGGCCGCUGCGGCGCGGCGUCACGCUGGCCGAGCAGUUCGCCGCGUCGUCCAACCUCGGCGACCUUCUCAAGCUCCGCGACGAAGGCGAAGGCGGCGGCGGCCUCGCCGCGGCGGGGAGGCGCCGCACGCUCCUCGACGUCAUCCGUGGCGCCGACGACGAUCGCCCUCUCGUCCUCGCCUCUGACGCCGCCCGACCCGGCGGCGUCCCCGUGCCAGGAGGCACGGCCUCCGCGGCGUCGACGGCGCCGGCGGCGGGCGCGCGCGGGGAGAGGGUGUCGCUGAUGGCGCUGCUGGAGCGGACGGAGCAGCAGUGGACGGCCUGCGCCGGCGGCGGGCAGUGGAGGCGCGUGGAUGGGGAGGAGGCCGCGCCGGAGGAGGGGGAGAAGGGCGGGGGCGUGGGAGGGCGGUGCUGCGUGUGCGUGGCGCGGGGCAAGGGCGCGGCCUUCAUCCCCUGUGGCCACACCUUCUGCCGCGCCUGCGCCUGCGAGCUCCGCGCCGGCCGCGGACGCUGCCCGCUCUGCAAUGCCGCCAUCCGCGAGGUCCUCAACCUCUUCUGAGUUCUGACCUCCCCCUCCUGCAUUGCUCCCUUCACCGCCGCCGGCGGUGACGGCGGUUCUCUCUCCAAGAACCCAUCUUUUCCAUCGUUUUCGCAUCGGUUGGGGACGGAUUGCUUGCUCGAAGCUGGAAUCCAGCCAGCCAUUACUUCGAUUAGAGAGGGCAUCCCGUGUAGAUAAAAUUUCUGUUUUUGUUCUUGCCCUGUUUCUUUCUUGUUUCUUCUUUGAACUGAAAAGAUUCAACAAAACACGUUUAUCAAUUAUCA